CACACAACAAGCUCGUACACAGACAACUUUCCAAAACUGUUUCUAGUUUCAUUUCGUCGUCUUCUCUUUAAAAAGGUUCUUUCAUCUUACCCGUUCGAUCAUUAUGGCUGCUUCUGUUUCCACCGUCGGAGCUGUUAACACAUUACCGUUGAAAGUAAAUGGAUCGAGUACUGGAACUUCAGUUCCAAGCUCAGCAUUCUUGGGAAAGAGUUUGAAGAACGUGAGCUCAAAGAUCAGCCAGCAGAAAAUCUUUUCAAAGAAAUUCAAGGUUUUGAGUGAAUACGAUGAGGAGAAGCAGACCGAUAAAGACAGAUGGGGUGGACUUGCCUAUGAUACAUCAGAUGACCAGCAGGACAUUACCAGAGGAAAAGGAAUGGUGGAUUCUCUCUUCCAAGCUCCCAUGGGCACUGGAACACACUAUGCUGUCUUGAGUUCCUAUGACUACAUCAGUCAAGGUCUUCGACAGUACAAUUUUGACAACAAUAUGGAUGGUUUCUACAUUGCUCCCGCGUUCAUGGAUAAGUUGGUCGUUCAUAUCACCAAGAACUUCAUUAACCUGCCAAACAUUAAGGUUCCUCUCAUCUUGGGUAUCUGGGGAGGCAAAGGUCAAGGAAAAUCUUUCCAAUGUGAACUUGUCUUUGCCAAGAUGGGAAUCAACCCUAUUAUGAUGAGUGCUGGUGAAUUGGAAAGCGGAAAUGCUGGAGAGCCUGCAAAAUUGAUUAGGCAAAGGUAUCGUGAAGCGGCAGACAUCAUUAAAAAGGGAAAAAUGUGCUGCCUUUUUAUCAAUGAUCUUGAUGCUGGAGCUGGUAGGCUUGGUGGAACUACUCAAUACACAGUCAACAACCAGAUGGUUAAUGCUACGCUCAUGAAUAUUGCUGAUAACCCAACCAAUGUCCAGCUCCCCGGUAUGUACAACAAGGAGGAGAAUCCCCGUGUUCCCAUCAUAGUCACUGGUAACGACUUCUCCACAUUGUAUGCCCCUCUGAUUCGUGAUGGUCGUAUGGAAAAAUUCUACUGGGCUCCUACUCGGGAGGACAGAAUUGGUGUGUGCACGGGUAUCUUCCGUACUGACAAUGUUCCAAAGGAAGACAUUGUCAAGCUUGUUGACACGUUCCCAGGACAAUCUAUUGACUUCUUUGGUGCCCUCAGGGCAAGAGUGUAUGAUGAUGAAGUAAGGAAGUGGAUUUCAGAAAUUGGAGUCGAAAAAAUUGGGAAGAGGCUUGUUAAUUCAAAGGAGGGACCCCCAACUUUUGAGCAACCGAAAAUGACUCUGGAGAAGCUCCUCGAGUACGGAAGCAUGCUUGUCAAAGAGCAGGAGAAUGUGAAGAGAGUCCAAUUGGCUGACAAGUACUUGAGUGAAGCAGCUCUUGGUGAUGCAAAUGACGAUGCCAUCAAGAAUGGAAGUUUUUAUGGUAAAGCAGCUCAACAGUUGAACAUGCCAGUCCCCGAAGGCUGCACCGAUCCAUCUGCAGACAACUAUGAUCCAACUGCUCGGAGUGAUGAUGGGAGCUGCCUAUACCAAUUUUAGGUUUGUCUUUAGCAACAGAGUAUAAUUACCGAGGAAAUAACCUCUAAGCACUUGUAAUUGUGUCAACAGUCUGUACUUUUUCUUCUGGUCUUCGUAUUUAUUAUCAUAAUAAUAUAUUUACCAGACUUUUAUUUAA